AAAUUAUAUUUAAUUCAUAUUGUUGCUAUGGAGGAUAUAUGUUUGUUUAUCGUUUUUAUUAUUGUUGUUACAUGUUCAACAGUUAAAAAUAUGAGAGCUGUUCAGUUAAAAGAGUAUGGUGGUGUAGAAAAUAUGUAUGUCAGUGAUGUUUCAAUACCAGAUCUUCCAUCUUCAGAUUACAUUUUAAUUCGUGUAGCAGCUGCAGGUGUUAAUAGAGCAGACACAAUUCAAAGGAAAGGAUUGUAUAUGCCACCUAGUGGAGAAUCUGAUAUAUUAGGACUUGAAGUAAGUGGCAUUGUUGAAAAAGUUGGUGAAAAUGUUACUGCAUUCAGUGUUGGUGACGAGGUCAUGGCAUUAUUAGGAGGAGGAGGAUAUGCUGAAUAUGUAGUUGUGCAUCAGUGCCAAGUUAUGAAUAUACCUAAAGGUAUAGAUAUUGUUAGUGCUGCUUCGAUUCCUGAAGUAUGGCUAACAGCCUAUCAACUUAUAAACUUAGUGGCUAAAAUACAACCAAAUGAAUCUGUUCUUAUACAUGCAGCUGGGAGCGGAGUAGGCACAGCUGCUAUUCAGCUCGCUAAACAGAUUCCUGGUUGUUUUAUAAUUGCAACUGCUGGCACAGAAGAAAAAAUAGAAAAGGCAAAGCAGCUUGGUGCUGAUGUUGUCAUAAACUAUAAAACAACAGUUUUUUCAGAGGUUGUCAAAGAAGUAACUAAUGGAAUUGGUGUUAAUGUUAUUCUUGAUCCAGUUGGUGGAAGUUUUUGGCACCAGAACUUAGCUGUUCUUAGUGUGGAAGGGCGUUGGGUUGUAUAUGGUUUAUUAGGUGGAGGAUGUAUAGAGGGAACUAUACUAAGUCAACUGUUAAUGAAGCGAGGGAGUCUUUUAACAAGCACACUGAGAACAAGAUCUAUUGAGUACAAAAAGUUUUUAGUUGAAGGUUUUGUUCAGUCUUCAAUGGAUAAAUUCACAUCUCAUGUUUUUACGCCAAUUAUUGAUUCAGUAAUGUCACUCGAUCAAGUUAAAGAAGCCCAUGAGCGAAUGGAAGCAAACAUUAAUAGUGGUAAAAUUUUAUUGACUGUUUCAAAUGACUUCCCAAAAAAAGAACUUUAGAAUUUUUUAUGGUAUAAUUUUCUUGAUAAACAAAAUACAAUAUUAAA